ACGAUGCUAUAUACUACCACAGUUACAGAUUGGAGGGUUCUGUUCGUCGAAAUUGGCGCCAAAACAUUUUGCCUUGUGACUCAAUUACCAAAUUUUGAAUUUUUACCUUUUUCCUUUGCUCAAUCUAGUAAGAAUGGCUGAUAAGGACACAAUUUCCGCCUUUAUAAAUCGGACUCUGGACGACCAAAAACGGAACGAUUAUUUGGAUUGGAACGAAUACUUUAUGGCGACGGCUUUUCUGGCAGCAAAACGGAGUAAGGAUCCCAACACUCAGGUGGGCGCAUGCAUUGUAAACGAAGAGAAGAAAAUAGUGGGAAUUGGUUACAACGGCUUUCCUAUCGGCUGCAGCGACGACGAGUUCCCCUGGGGCAAGUCGACAACCGAUCCGUUAGGCACCAAAUACCUGUAUGUAUGUCACGCAGAAAUGAAUGCUAUUCUAAACAAAAACAGUUCCAAUGUCAAAGGCUGCACAAUCUACGUCGCCUUGUUUCCCUGCAAUGAAUGUGCGAAGAUCAUUAUCCAGUCGAGAAUCAAAGAGAUCGUUUACAUGUCCGACAAACAUGCACAUAAGCACUCCACCAUAGCCGCCAAAAGGAUGUUCGAUGCAUCCGGCGUCAAGUAUUGGCAGUUUGUACCGAGGCAGAGUAAGAUUGUGAUCGAUUUCUCUGAAAUUGAUUGGGAUAAUUUGAACCAACUGCCGGCAACCCCAGCGAAGAGCAAUGAUGUUCAAAGAUGCAUUAAUAAUAAAUAAAACUAUUUUACAUCGAAAACAGCGAUAAUUUAUUGAUUAUAAAUCUCUAUAAAUAGCGGGUUGAUAUAUAUGUAUAAUAGUUAGACUUUUGUACAAACGGACUUCAAAAACAAUGCAAUUAAACUGCCACAAGCGGAUAUAAAAUAAAUAUGCUUUGUAAUUUCUUCUGA